UAGACAAGUACCGGGUACCAGUGGAUUUGUAAAUGUCACGUCAAAAACGAAGGAUGAGUCUCUCUUCUUGAGAUAAACAUCUCAACAUCGUAAAAUAAUCAAUCGUUUGGACGAAAGAGUUGACACAUUUUUACCAGGUUAACGUCCCAUUUCCAUGUAAGAGCGUCUCUCCGACGAACCAUGCGUGUAUCUGUCUGUUGCAUUAGCGCAGGAUUUUUGUAACCAACUGCAUUAAGGUGAAUAAAACAACAACACUUGUUUACCAAGGAAGAAGAGUGGGAACUUCGUGACUAUUCAUUGACCUGUGAUUUUGAUAACGCUGAAGAAGUCAGAAAGAUGCAACCAUGGCAUUGGCUAUACCCUUAAGCCAAGCUAACCCAUCAAAUAUCGUGAGGGACAACCACCUGCCAGGGCGGCGUACAAACGGCAUAGUGAUACCAGAGAUGGACACCCUGGUCGCCCCGCAGAAAACCAGGCAUGUGCCGAAUCAUCUUUUGGACACACAAAUGUUCCACAAGGUUUCGCACAAUUCGGUUGUGCAAGCUGAACCCUCUGCCGUUCACUUCACAGGAUUUGAGCCUGGCAAAGUACACAAACAAAUACUGCAUCUGAUCAACAUUUCAUCAGAGUGUCAGAACAUGCACAUAAUCCCCCCUGCGACGCGCUUCUUCAAAGCUUGGUACACCAAGCGGGAUCGCCUUGUCCCCGGCAUGGCCAUCGAUGUCGAAGUGGAGUUCAAACCAGACGAGUGGAGAUACUACUAUGAUUGCAUCCGGAUUCAUUGCAAGGAUGAAGACAACUUGUUAGUGCCUAUCCAUGCAUACCCGACGGUGAGCACGGCCGAGUUCCCUGACGUCAUCAAGUUUCCUCCAGUUCCAAUCUCAGGAAGUCGAUCGAGAGUCAUCCCUCUUCGGUGCUCUGCUCCUGUGGACUUUGAGUUUCAGCUGUCCUGCCUCCAGCCUCAUCCAGCGUUUAUUGUCGAGCCGAUGAGCGGCAUUGUCCCGGCCAACGGGGAGGUGAACAUAACGGUCACGUUUUCCCCGACGGAGUUCUGCACGGCGCUGAUGAAACUGCAGUUGACGACGUCGCAGUUUAACUCAACACCCCUUGUGUGUCUGGUGUCUGGGUCUUCUGCACCGGGACUUGCCGAAGCUGAACUGGAUGGCCGUUGCAAUGGUCACUCCUCCCGGCCGGACGAUUCCAUGCUUGACCCUCACUCCAUAUCGCCAGUCGCCAUGGCCCGGCGGAAGAAGCGCACCAAGAGUCGAAACCGAACAAGUUCCCGGGAUGCCAUGACCACCGCAAAGGAGAUCGAGAGAGACGGUGUGAGAUUCCCGGCCAAUCUGGACAUGCAGCACUCGGUCAACACUGUCUUAAUGCAGCAAGCUGGUAAACUCAGGGCCAAGGAGCUAAGAGAAGCUGUUUUGGCGAAGCAAGAUGCAGUUCCUAACACGAGGCAGUUAAAGGAGGCACUGUUUGAUCACAUGGUGAAACAAGUCGUCUUAGCCGAGAGGAGGAACCAACUGAGAUGGCAAGUUUGUCUCGGCAGAGAGCAAAUGUCAGCAUCCUCAAGGGAAGUUAUCUUGCAGACUAGAAAAGAGUCCGUCAAGGAAUAUCAUUUUCAGAGAGGAGAUCCCCUGCCGGACAUCGAGGCCAACCGCUCAUGUACGACCUGUACCCAUCGGCGCACCCACCGCAGUGUGUCGUCCAUUCCACCUACAGCAGCGUCCUUCGAUGUGUAUACCAACGACCCCUGGUCCAUGAAGCACCGGGCGCUGGGGCGGUUCCAACAGGCUGCGUUCAGGGUGAUCGUCCGGUUGAGGGUCGAGAGGAAAAGAGACAUGAUCAGGAAGUUGAUCGCCGAUUACAGGAGCGGACGCGCAGGCAGAGAACAGACAGCAACUUACGGUGAAGGCCAAGACACUAAGACCAAGGAUGUCCCUCUGGAGGUAGACGUCGAGAGGAUCAAACCGUUUGCUUUCCCAACCUACACAGCACCGGACUUUAAGGAUGACAUGGCUCCCGAUGCACUAGGAAUUGUUCCAGUCAAGUCUUCAGGGGUGUUCGUCAAAAGGAAAGUUCCUUUGUUCAAUCUGAAGGUACCGCAACAGUACAAGCUGAUGAGCUACACACCGCACAACAUCCAAGAUGCGUCAUCAGGCUACGUACCGCCAAGACUCAUCAGGCCGCUUAGAACAGGGGCUGAGGACGAGAUGAUCAACGUUCCAGCCCCCGAGCCUGCGUGGACCAAGGAGCAGACUGUUUCUGAUAUGGGGGUGUUGCAAGACGAGAUCCUCGAGAUGGCGUUACGAGAAACCAAGAUGGUUGAGCUGACCCCGCCGUCUGCUCUGUUCAAGCCCAUUGAAUAUCCGCCCCUCCACAUAUUUAAUCCCGCGCCAGGUCUGCAAGUGUUUCUUCCCCCACUUCCAUACUCUGAAGUAGACUCGGACUUCCACAUGUGUCCCUUACCGAGGUACACUCACGGCGAUCUCAGCAAUAAGCACGGCACAACACUCAAACGUUUCUUGGACAGAGAGGACGUGAUUCGAAGUGUUAUGCAGUGGAAAAAGUUCCCCUCCCAGGGUCUGGUGUCACUCUCCAACACCCCAACACUGACCAACGUAUGGGUCCCGAGAUGGACGGAUCCUUUCAGCGCUGAUCUUCUUCCAGGUGACGUUCCGUCUCUCUUGGACGGCCUGCCGGUCGAGGACGUCCCAAACAUCCUCCCAGAUCAUACCGAGGACGAAGAUGGGGUUGAAGAAACAGAUGAAGUCGGCUUAACACCAGCUAUGGUCAACGCUGAGUUCUCUCUGAUACACCAAGCACAGUCACCAGAUGGGAAAGAUGGUGAUGAAUUCCCUCAUGGAAGUAAACUUCCGGCACAUAACAACCCGGUCAGCAGCACUGGACCCGUACCAAGGGAGAAACGCGAGGCUGAACUUGAAGUAUUCCUGAAGAAACGUUACAACCGACUCGGGGACAAGGUCCAGGGGAAGAUUACCCACAUGAACAAUCUCGCCACCCAACCCGAUCUCAUCUUGAAGUGAUUGCCAACCCCUGUCCGCUGCACUCGGAUCAAAGUCUUCAAGGGUUCACUUUUUUUGGUCUGAACAUUUGGCUCAUUUCACUUGCCGAGUUUCACAAAGAAUGCAAAAUCACAAAAUUGACGAGCAAAUAUUUAUCAGAGAACCUGUUUUAAAAGUUGCAGCAACAUGUGCUUCUUUAGCAAACACCUGUACCUAGAAUGGAUUUACAUGACUCUACUUGAAAAAAAAACCUGCUGUGUGAUUUUUUUUCUCAUCAAAAAAUUGACUAAUAAAGCUGAAACUUCGGGGAAAGUAUAUAACAACAUCUUCUCUCAUACUGAGUAUAGGGAUUCAUGCCGUGGUCGAAAACCUCAUCUAAAAAAGGUAUCAAAACCCUUUAAAGAGCAAUUAAGACCCAGUUUUGAGUUUUGGUGGGACGUGCCAGGUGUUCGGACUAGUAGCGGCACAGUUACAGCCAAGCAAGGGCCACAUCUGAAACAUCUGACUUUCACUGCUCCAAAACUUUCAUCUAAAAACAAACGCAUGUGAACUUUUUUUCUGUCCUUACAGGAAUUAAGAUUUAUUAUACAUGUAUACAAAAAGUAUUUAAGAAGCUUUGUGCAAACUGUGAAUAAAUAAGACAAACGAACGUGUGUAAAUAUUUGUUGUCGAUAAAAAAGAGUUCUUACUAUACUAUAAGAGAGUCAAUCUAUUAUGUAUUUUGUCAAAAUGCAAAAACAAGAAUCUAAACUUGUUUUCUCUUAAACUAUUACUGCAUAGUCGACCUUCCUUACCUUUAACAACUGAGGCUUUGAUAAAAAGACCUUGGUCCAAUUUCAUGGCUCUGCUUACCGCCCUAUUCUGUAUUUCUACCACCAAGCUUCUGCGCUAGCUGUGUAAGCGAAGAAUGCCUAGUAACACAAGGAAUCUUUUUGGAAAGUAUUUCUCUACUCUUUUCUCUACUCUUGUUCAAGUCCCUAUCUGAAAUAAUUUAUUGUAAAUUUGGACAAACGAAACAGGACAAACAGAAGGAAAAGAAACACUUUAGUACAUAUUUUGUUCAGUUUACAGAAGAAAAUUUUGCUCAAAUUUAUUUCUAAUGAAACCAGUCACAUUUUUAAUGUACAUCUUUUUAUGGCAUUUUUCGCUAAGCGAACUUGUUACUUCUCAAGUGUUGCUGAUAAUCCAGUUAUUAUAUCCAUUCUUAAUGUCAUAUUGGCUGGUAAGCUGGUGUUUUCUUUUGCUAAGCAAGUUGAUCUGCGCUAAGCAACUUUAUGUAGUUUGUAACAAAAAAGCUUGUGCAAGUUUCUGUCUUUUUCACUAUAAAUACAACUUUGAAUGUUUUAUGUAAACAAUUAAGGCCACGUAUGGACGUCUUUACUUAAAAGGUGCUAUCUUGCUGGGAUUUCCCCUGAACAUUUGCCUGUGUACCAAAUAAUAACCUCUGACCCAAGACUGUCAAAGGUUAGAAUUCACGGCAAUGAAUAAUUCAGUGGAAAAACAUCAAGAUAUCACUCCACUUGCAAUUUAUAAUUACUGAAGCUUACAAAAUGUGUUAUUCUCUAACAAGAUAAGUUUUUAAAAUAACUUCUCUUGCUUCAAAAUAUGUCACAUUUUUUUCUACUUCUGAUUUUGUCUCAACAUGAAUGUGUCGGUGCAUAAACCUGUUUCAAAAAAUUACUUCUGUAAGGCAUUGAGAUCUGACAUACUUUUACGGAGACUUUUCGACCCUCCCAAGGCAAAACUAAAAAAUGUAGGUUUCUUUUAGGAUCAAUUCUGGGUAAAUUGAGGGGCGUGUUUCUCCAUUUCAAAGUUUCAAAUAUAAUGUAUGAAUGUGAGUAUAACGUGUCCUAUCUCGGCCCCUUGUUAUACUUUCGUCCAGCUUACACGGCAAAACAGCUUGUCUCUGAAUGUGCUUUUUCGCCAAGUAUCAUUUUUGGAGUUGGGCUGUUUUGCCAAAGAUACAAAGUUAUUACAGAAGUUGAGAUACAAUGUCUUUGCAUGAAGACUUCGAUGUCUUUGCAAAGUGUCUUUCCUUUUAAGAAGUGCGAUGUAAUUGAGAUAUGCAAAACCGAGAUAUGUUGUCUUUGAAGUUAAACAGACUUUCUGUUGGGAGAUGCAACAUUAUUACUACAAUUGAAUUGUCUUUACAUAAAUUUUGCAAUGUCUUGGCAAAGUGUCUUUCCUUUUGAGAAGUACGAGGUAAUUGCAAAUUUGAGAAUUGAGAUUUGAUGUUUUUUGCAAGGAGACUUUCUGUUAGGAGAUUCCUUUCUGAGAGACGAUGUUUUUUGCACUGAUGCAACGAUAUUUUCAUUCUAGCUGUACCUAGUUUCUCAAUAAUUCUUCUCAAGUUGUACCUAGUUUUUAAAAUGAUUCUUCUCUUUAUGUAUGUCCAUUUCUGCAAUAAUAUUUAACAGGAGACUUUUUUUCCCCCUUCAAGUAUCGUCACUUUACGAGAAAUAAAGUUUUCUUUGGAUCUUUUCAAAUUA